UUUUAGUAAGUUGGCUAACCUUCUCCGUGAAGUCAGUUGCUCACUUCAAAAGGAAUCCGACAAAAGAUGGACUCCUGAAGAAUUUUUAUAUGCAUCGGUUGUUCGACUUCGGAUUUUCCUAAUUAAAUUUCAUUAGAACUGUUAAGAUAUUAUUCUUUUUUAUGAUCACGUCCACGGUGUAAACGAUGAUUGUGCAGGAGCCAGUGCAGGCAGCCAUAUGGCACUGUUUAAAUCAUUAUGCUUAUCCAGAUGCAAUAUUUUUGGCAGAAAGAUUAUGCGCUGAAGUGGACACAGAAGAAACAUUAUUUCUUUUGGCAACUUGUUAUUAUCGUUCAGGAAGAAUUAGGCAAGCUCACGCUUUACUUUCUAAAAAAGCACCUAGUUCUGCACAAUGUAGGUUUCUUUUGGCUAAAUGCUGUUAUGAUUUGGAAAAGUAUGCGGAAGCAGAAGCAGCAAUUAUUGGUGGAUAUUAUAAGCAGUUAAAAAGUUUAGAAGAGAUUACAACUCAAUUCGGUGAACAGGCAUGUUUUUCACUUCAGAUAAUAGCUAAAAUUUAUUAUAAAAUGAUGCGCACUACUAAAGGCAAUGAAGCACAUAAAUUGGCUUUGAAAAUGAAUCCAUUUUUAUGGCAUUCUUUUGAAGAAUUGUGUAAUGUAGGAGAAAAAGUAGAUCCAGCAAAGAUCUUCAAUCUGGAAAAAUUAGAUAAUUUUGCUAUGUGCCAUGGUGUAACACCAAUUCUAAGUUAUAUUCCAGAACCUGAUUUUAUUGUACCUGUUAACAAUACAAAUAGCACUCCUACACCAAACGGCACUAAUAGUACUCCUGUGCAAACUACAACCGCAACGAUCAUGAAUAACGUAGCACCUAGUGUACGUUUGUAUUCGUCUAUAGAAGAAAAUCCACAAAGUAUACCAACACAUUAUAUUCAUCCUUCUUCGAUAUCACCUCGUGCUAAACUUCCUCGAUAUCGGAGUAUGUUUAGUAAUUCUAUGAGUCCUCUUACACCUAGUUUUGGUAUCCUGCCAUUGGAAAGCAACACGCCUGAACCUACCGUUUUACCUUCUCAUACGACUCUUACAGAAGCGAAUGACCAAAAAAGUUUAGCAAAGUGUGUUAGUAAUUUGAGGGCUCAUGUAGGGCAAUUUAUUUCAAGGAAGGAAACACCUUUACAACAAGGUAAACCAGUGUUUUCCCAAUCUGGUAAUGCAAGUAAUACUGCUAAUAUAGUCACAGUAACACCAAGUACUCCUGCACCUACACCACCUACUCUUCAGGGUACAAAUGUUAGACGGUCAUCGAGACUAUUUAGUCAUAGUUAUUCGGUUAAGGAAAAUAAUAAGUCACCUAAUAGAAAUAAAUUUGCAACACCUAAGUCACCAUCAAGAAAAGCAAAAGCAAGAUUAUCCAAGACAAAUUUAAAUAAAACUAAUUUUAAUGACUUAAAUGAGAGAAAUCGAAAUGAAAAAGAGAAGAAUGAAACAAUUACGUCUGAAAAGGCUGUGGCAAAUGUAAAUGCAUUGAAUAACCAAAGUAGUAUUGCUCAUUGUGCUGUGUCAUUGCAAAAACAAUGUGCUGAAGGUUUAAUGUCUUUGUUAAAAGAACUUGGUAUGGCAUAUCAACAUAUAACCCAGUACAAUUGUUUGCAAGCUAUUGAGAUCCUUAGUGUUCUUCCAACGCAACAUUAUAAUACAGGAUGGGUACUGUCUAUGUUAGCACGUGCUCAUUUUGAGAUGAUAGAUUACAAAAAAUCAGCUGGUUAUUUUGCUGAAGUCAGACAAUUAGAACCUCAGAGGACUGAAUUAAUGGAAAUAUAUAGUACAGUUUUAUGGCAUAUGCACGCAGAAGUACAACUUUCUACCUUGGCUCAAGAACUUGUUUCCGAAGAUCGUAAUUCACCAGCUGCAUGGUGUGCCACUGGUAAUCUCUUUUCUGCUCAAACUGAGCAUGAAACAGCGAUCAAAUUUUUCCAAAGAGCUAUUCAGGUAGAUCCUAAUUUUCCAUAUGCAUAUACACUCCUUGGUCAUGAAUAUGUUAUGACUGAGGAAUUGGAUAAGGCAAUUACAGCAUUUCGUAAUGCAAUUAGGCUUGAUCCCAGACACUAUAAUGCAUGGUUUGGCUUGGGAACAAUAUUUUCUAAACAAGAACAAUAUAGCUUAGCAGAAUUACAUUUUAAACGAGCUUUGCAAAUAAAUCCACAGAACUCGGCAAUUAUGUGCCAUAUAGGUGUUGUACAACAUGCCCUCAAAAAAACCGAUCAAGCUUUGAGAACAUUAAAUACAGCUAUUAUUAACGAUCCCAAUAAUACUCUUUGUAAAUUCCAUCGUGCCACCAUUAAUUUUUCAAUUGGUCGACACGCGGAAGCAUUACGAGAGUUCGAAGAAUUGAAAAAUAUCGUGCCCAAAGAAUCUCUAGUCUAUUAUUCGAUAGGAAAGGUGCAUAAGAAACUAGGAAAUACUCACCUUGCACUGAUGUACUUUAGUUGGGCAACAGAUUUAGACCCAAAAGGUGUAAAUAGUCAAAUAAAAGAAGCUAUAUUAAGUCCGGGUCAAGGCGAUGAAGAUUCUCCGGGAACACAAUCAGCAGAGGAACAACAAAUUCAAAAUAAUAGUUCUAUGGAACAUGAAACUGAUACAAAUAGAGAAGGAAGCGGACCGGUACUCGAUGGAAAUGUUCCUCCUGUUGAAGCACCUGCUGAUGACAGUGAUGACAGUUUAUGAAGAUGUCGUGUAAUGUGGAAUGGAUUAGUAGAACGAACCGUUGUUUCGCGUUGUUAUAUAUCACCUUCAUAUUGAUUUAAUCGAAAGUUUUCCAGCUGAUGUAGCUUGUUCUGGAUCGAUGCUUAUUGAAUUAUCACUAAUUUGAUUUACAUAGGAUCUGAAACAAUCAAGAACUGACUUUUACCAUU